AACAUCAUAUUAAUUCUAGUUGGUUUCUUUAAUCAGCAAAUAUGUCUUUUCGAUCAGGGACUCCGAGGGAUUAUGAAACAGGCGAGAAAACACCACUUUUAAAUGAUGACGAAGCAGUGCCAAGAAAAGGAAGUGUGAGCUUGCUACGAGACAGUCCUAUCUCUGGAAGCAGUAAUCUUAGUGGAGCUAGCCUCACUGGAACGGAGAAGAAAAGAAGGAAACCUUUCCACCACGCGUCACGCCCCUCCAUCUCAAAUGGCAACAUCCAGGAACCAGAAGAAGAAAGAGUGGUUGCUACAUACCAGAGAUAUAGAUACUACAGCAGGCUAGGAGCAAAUAAUACAGAUCACUUUAAAAUCCCAGACCAUGUGGUUCCUUCUGAUCUGUUCGUUCUCAUCGUUCCAUUCAACCUUGUCAAGAAGGAUCCAGGUGCCAAGCAGAGUAGCAUUAUUACAAUAUUCUCAAUAUGGAACACAAUGAUGGGUACCUCUCUCCUAAGCAUGCCCUGGGCCUUACAACAAGCUGGCUUUGCUAUGGGUCUAGGUCUAAUGCUCUUCAUGGCAGCUCUAGCUAUGUAUACAUGUUACAGGGUUAUCCAGUCUGUUGAAAGACAAGAGUCAUCAGGGAAGCUGAUAGAGUUCUCUGACGUGUGUCGUGAUUACCUUGGUCGUUGGGGCGAGUACAUCAGCGUCUUCUUCUCUCUGUCUGCUCUGCUGGGGGCGAUGAUCGUCUACUGGGUGCUCAUGUCAAACUUCUUAUACAGUACUGUCACAUUUAUCUUUGAUGAGGUUAAAAAUGUUGUACCUGAAGUGAAUGGUACUGGAGGUUGUCCAGGUCAUAGUUCAGUGCUCUGUCCCGGUCAUCAUGUCAAUGGAACAGGGUACCUCGUACUUGGAGAAGUGACAGAUAAAAUGUCCAACUCAACCCCAGCUGAAGUGGUGUUGUUCCACCUGAUCUGGACGGAAACGGGGACCGUGCCUCUCUUCCUCUGUAUCCUUAUCCUACCUCUUAUUCAUAUCAAGUCACCAACAUUCUUCACUAAAUUCAAUUCACUUGGAACACUGUCUGUGGCUUUUCUGUUAGUCUACAUCUGCGUCACCGCAAGCCGUUGGGGAAUCAAUAUAGAUUUUGACCAUCCAAGUAGCGACAAUUAUGUAGAAUUAUUUCAUUGGAGUUUCCCUUCAAUGUCCGGUAUGCUGGCGCUGGGGUAUUUCAUUCACAACGCGGUAUCAUCCAUCAUGCGCAAUCAGGCUCAUCCCGAGAAUAAUGGUCGUGACUUGACAAUCGCUUAUUGUCUAGUGGCAGGAACGUACACCUUUGUGGCUGUGUUAUUCUACAUAUCAUUUCCUUGUCCAAAGUCCUGCAUUUCAGAUAAUUUCUUGAAGAACUUUCAUCAAGGGGAUGUGUUGGCCUUUACAGCAAGGCUGUUCCUGCUCUUCCAGAUGGUAACCCUCUUCCCUCUGCUGGUCUAUAUCACCAGGGUCCAGCUCAUGGAUCAGCUGUUUGGUAAUGCGUAUCCCAGCUGGAAACACAUGGUAGUGUACAACCUCAUCUUGGUGUGUAUCUGUUGUCUCUUUGCAAUCUACAUACCUCACAUUGGAAAUAUUAUCAGGUACUCGGGAGCAUUCUGUGGUAUGGCCUACGUCUUCACUCUACCGGUGGUCAUCUAUCUUCUUUAUACCAAGAGACAGGGUAAACUACGCUGGUAUCACAUAGCAUUCCAUUCUCUCUUCAUCGUGGUAGGAGUCACCAACUUCAUCUCUCAAUUUCUUGUCUAAGAUGGAAAUAGAAAAUGAAAAAAAUGCACAUUUUAUCAACGGUCCAAAGAGAACUCUGUCUUCCAAUGUCAAUCUUGUAGCCAUUAUAAGUUCUUGGUCUAUGAUACGUGUGUUGUAUUUGUAAGAAAUUUGAUUCUUGACAACAUUUGUAUUAUUGAACUGAAGUCACUCUUUUUUUUCUCCUGAUAUGUUCAAAUUGUAUGUGCUAUUUCAAAUUACACUAUUGCUCAUAAAGUUGGAAUACACUUUUUAUGAAAUGAUUGUGACAAUAUAUAGAGUAUAAAGAGUCAUAGAGGUUGAUCUAUAAGGUUCUUGGAAGAUAUAAGCGUAUCUAUCAAGAAUAAACGAUAUUGUCGCUUCAUGAAAAGAGGUAAGAAAGAUUUAUUCCAACUUUAUGGGCCUCGGUGGAUAUAUAACCUGUUCAGUACAUACAGUUAUAUCUUAAAUGUUUCAAAAUACAUUUAAAUACAUGGUGUCACCACAAACUGUGCUCAAAUCUAUCCUCUGCAUAGUAGCCUUCAAAGAUUACAG